AUGGCCCUAGCCUUACCUGUAGCAGGUCAACCUUUAAGGAAUUCAUUGGCAACGAGAGUCAAUGCAGUGCCAAGGUGCAUUAUAUAUCCAGAUGUGGAAGAUGGGACAACCUUUGAAAUCAAACCUCACAUCCUCAACAUAUUGCCAUCCUUUCAUGGGUUGCCAAACAGUGAUCCCAACACGUAUUUGGCUGAUUUUAUUGAGGCAUGUGACAACACCAUAAUCAGAGGUGUCUCUUCUAAAGCUAUCAAGUUACGUUUUUUUCCAUUCUCUUUGAAGGACAAAGCCAAGGCGUGGCUGCAUUCUCUGCCUGCCAAUAGCAUUACAACAUGGACAGAAUUGCAAGAAAAAUUUCUCAAUAAGUUUUUUCCUUCUUCCAAGACUCUUGCACUCAAAAAAGACAUAUUGGCUUUCGCUCAAAAGCCAAACGAGUCUUUCCAUGAAGCUUGGGAACGGUCUAAUGAGAUGUACACAAAAUGUCCUCAUGCUGGGUUUGAUUCUAACCUUCAAAUGAACAUAUUUUAUGAUGGUCUUAAUGCCGCCACCAAGAGUAAAGUGAAUGCAUCUGCUGGAGGGUCACUAAUGUCAAAAUCAGCAAGGGAAGCAUUUGAGUUAUUUGAUAUGAUGGCUUCUGAAUCCCAACGAUGGACAGAAGAACAAACACAAAAGAGGGGAGUUUUUGAGAUUUCUCAGAGUUCUCCUAAUGUUUCUGCUCAAAUUGCUAAAAUGGAGAAGAAUUUUAAUGCCAAGUUUGUUGCCUUAAUGCAAGUCUCUUCCAUGCCCAAUGCCCAAGAAGCUUGCAUCAUUUGUAGUGAGACAACUCAUGACAUCACUCAAUGCCCCAACAAGGAUAGCUACCCUGAGCUUGUGCAAAAGCAUGUGAAUAUGGUGAAUAAUUUCAUUAGACCCAGAAGUGACCUUUAUUCCAAUACAUAUAAUCCUGGGUGGAAGAACCAUCCUAAUCUUAGUUGGGGUGGCAACCAACAGCCACGUCAAUACCAACAGUCUUACCAAUCAACUAGUGAGACUAAGAAACCAUCUCUUGAAGACCAAAUGUCACAACUAGCUCAACAUAUGUCUGCUCUCUCUAAUAGCACCAACAAUUUUGUCCAAUCCACACAAACAAGCACAUGUGUGACUAAUGUGUGGAAGUGUAAACCAAAAUCAUAA